AUGCUGCCAUUCCUUGCUCUAGCAACAGUGCUCUGUGCCGCGGCAGCCAGCAAGCUGCCGCUUGGUGGCCAUGUCUCAAAUACCAGACAGGCGGCUGCUCUGACCAGCAGCUUCAAGUGGACAUCGACGGGCCCGCUCAUUGGGCCCAAGAGCGACAGCCGCAAGUUGGCCGGCAUCAAGGACCCCGCAUCCACUGCCCAGGCCUCGGGCUACAACCUAGCCUACCUGAACUUCACCGACUUCAACAAGGCCGAUGCCGCCGCCUUCUACUAUCUCGACCAGUCGCCUAUCGGGACCGGCUACCGUGCCGCCCCCCAGGUCUUCUACUUUGCGCCCCAGAAGCUGUGGUACCUCGUCUACCAGACUGGCAACGCCGCCUACUCGACCAACAAGGACAUCGCCAACCCGACCGGGUGGACCGCACCCAAGACCUUCUACCCUAGCCAGCCGAGCAUCAUCACCCAGAAUAUCGGCAGCGGCUACUGGGUAGAUAUGUGGGCCAUCUGCGAUGCCGCCAACUGCCACUUGUUCUCGUCUGACGACAACGGGCACCUGUACCGCUCGCAGACGGCGCUGGCCAACUUCCCGUCCGGCUUCACCAGCGCCUCGACCGUCAUCGCCCUGUCCGACAAGAACAAGGACAACGUGUUCGAGGCCUCUUGCGUCUACGCGUUGCCCGGCGACAAGCCGUCAUACCUGCUGCUGGUCGAGGCCAUCGGCUCCGACGGCACGCGCUACUUCCGCUCAUGGACCGCGACCAGUAUCGCCGGCCCCUGGACCGGCCUCGCCGACUCCGAGGCCAGCCUCUUUGCCGGCGCCAGCAACGUUGCCUUCUCCGGCACCCCCUGGACCAAGAGCAUCUCCCACGGCGAGAUGGUCCGCUCCCUCACCGACCAGACCAUAACCAUCGACCCCUGCCACCUGCGAUUCCUAUACCAGGGCAUGGACCCGAGCGCCAGCGGCACCUACAACUCCCUCCCCUGGCGCUUGGGACUCAUCACGCAGACCAACUCGGCGUGUUAA